UUGAUUCACCAAUCACAGCAAAUCCCCAAAAAACCAAAUCUCCAAAAAUGUUCAAAUUCGUUGCCUUCUUCGCCUGCCUGGCCGUGGCCGCUGCUGCUCCUGGUCUGAUUGCCGAGACCCACUCGAUUGUCCAGCCAGCUAUUGUGGCCAAGACCGCCUACGUGGACACCAGCGCCUCCUCGGCCAUCACCCACCAGAGCAACGUGAACCUGGUGCGCAAGGUGCCAGUUGCCUACUCCGCCCCAGUGGUUCAUGCUGCUCCAGUUGUUCAUGCCGCUCCAGUGGUCCAUGCCGCUCCUCUGGUCAAGACCGUCAUCCCAGCUGCUCCCCUGCUCCACACUGUGGUUCCCGCCGCUCCUCUGGUCAAGACUGUGAUCCCAGCUGCCCCAGUGGUUCACUCCGUCCAGCCUCUGGUCCACUCUGUCCACAGUGCCCCAGUGGUUCACUCCGUCCAGCCUCUGGUCCACACCGUCCACAGUGCCCCAGUCGUGUACUCUGCCUACCACAAGUAAAUCAAUUGAAAGCGUUGUGAUAUGGUCAUGAUACAAUUGUUGAACGAAAAAAGUUACAACCAAUAAAAAAAAGGAUUGAAAUUAA